AAACCAGAAGUGCAAAAAAACAGUAAAAGUGCAGAAUAUGUGCAUAUGUAAAGUGGUAAUAUGUAAAUAAAUAAGAUGCAAAACAUUUUAGAUAGAAUAAAUUAAUUAUUUAACCCAAAUACCCAUAUGCAUUUUAGACAUCCCAUACAGCAAGCAAUGCAUUUUAUUUAACAAAAAAUUACGACAAUUUAAGCCCCAUGCAUCAUUGAAUGAGUGUAGACACCUUCCCAUGCCCUAGCGGAACCCUAACCCUUUCAAAAUGCCAAUUUGUCAAAUAAUGAUCAAAUAAAGCAUUGCACAGUGUUAGUCUAUAGCUGUUUUGCUAUACUCGUCAUGCCAUUUUCUCUAUAUAGCGUUUGUUAUGAGUGGAUUGUAAUCUGGUUGCAGUUUGCAUAGGAGCGUAGCUGUGUAACAGUCUAACUUCUCCCAGCAUGCAUUUGAAGUUUGAGUAAGUUGCAUGUGUGAAUGACAUCAUACGCUUAAGCUUUAUGACUGGGUGAGGUGUUGGAUGUCCCUGGUGGAACAUAAUAAAUGUCCCAGGAACAAUCAAUUUAUUAUGCUCCAUUAUUCUCUCUUUAUCUUAUAACAUACCGGUUAUUGACUUUGGCAGUUUGGUAGGGAUUGCAAUGAAACAGUUGACUUCAUAAAGAAAAUUGAUUCCACUUCAAAUGGAAAAAUAAUUCCACUUUCACCACAGACUCCAUUUGUCAUAUCUGAGACCAAAUCGUACGACAUUCAAAUGUACAUAGAAGGGUGUGAAGUAGGACAAGGUCUUUUCCAGCUCCCAAGACGUCCGAGAAAUGAUAAGCAACAAGGAACACAAUUUCAACACACAAGAACAAAUAUCAAGAAGAACAGCACAAGGACAGCACAAGCCCUACGUUGAGUAAUGGCUCUCACCUGGUGUAUAUUUACUCUUGACUGCAUAUAAAAGCCACCCUUGGAGAGACUCAAACCCAGACCACAUACACAGAGGAAUCGCCAUGAGGCUCCUGUUGCUGGUAGCUGCUUUGGGUUGUGUGGGGGGGAGUCUGGGCCUGGACUGCAGUCCCUUCGCCAGACCGUGGCUGGUGUCCCUCUCGUCAGGCCAGACCGGAGUCCUGCUCAAUGAGUGGUGGGUGCUGACCAAUGCCGACCACAAUUCUGGGUCUCAUCAACUGGAAGCUCGACUGGGAGUGGAUGACCUGAAUGGCCAGUCGAACACUGAUCAGAGGGUCCGCGUGGCCAGAUGGAUAAACCAUGACCCCUACUCGGGCUUUCGCCGGCGCAAGAGGAGCCCCUUGCAUGACCUGGCACUGGUGAGGCUGGCAGAGCCGGCACGCUUCACCCCUUAUGUGCAGCCCAUGGCACUGCCCACUCAAUGCCCACAGACUGGGGAGCUGUGUGUGGUGACUGGCUGGGGAUCCACCGGCUCAGGGCCCGUGUCCAAAAAGCAACAGUGUCUGGUUCAGCAAGUCCUCAGUGAUAACGUCUGUAGGCAGCUGAACCCCAUGUACUGGUCAUCCAACAUGUUCUGUACUGGAUCCCACCAGAGCGCAGAAGGCAGCUGUCUGAGCGGCGGGGGUAGUGUUUUGGUUUGUGGGGGAACGCUGCAGGGGGUGAAUGGCUAUUUUUUCGUGUCCCAGGGAUGUUGCGCUGGGAAGCCCGACGCCUACUCCAGCAUCUGUCUCUACAGGAGCUGGAUCGAUAGAGUCAUGAGCAGCAUGACUCCAACCGUGGGGCCUUAUACCACCAAUACACCCAACACUCCACCCACCCCUCCACCCACCCCUCCACCUGUUACGACUUAAAUCAGUGUGUUAAACGUGUUCUUGGGUUUGAUUCUCAGGGAGCACAAAUAAGCUACUGAUGAGAUUGUACAUUAUAUCUGGGAUGUAGGUCACUGGAUCAAAAUUAAUGAAUGCAAAUCUGAGACCAGGAAGAUGGCAGGAGAGGCGUUGCUGUCAUUAACAAAUCAUCCAUUCUGAGAUAUAGGCUACUGCUUUGACUGUGCUUGAACGCAUAAACCCUUAAAUAUAAUAUUUCCAUGAUUCAAAUAAGGGUUUGUUGACAAAGCUAAGAUGGAGCAAAUACGUUUGAAGACAAAUAUUAAACUGAAUACCUUUGCUACA